GUCUAUUGUUUGUUUACUUGGUUAAGAGGUCUGUGACAGUUAAAAAUUCGUAAUCGCAUUUAUAAUAAUCGUAUAAUGUAACAAAAGCAUUUUCUGCUGUAGCAACGAAAAACCACCUACGUAUCAACAACAAUACAGCGGCAAAGUCGGUAUCAUGGGACUGGCCACUGCUUGGAAAGUGAUAUCGAGAAGAAAAUUUCUCAGUCCUGAACAAACACAGGUGACACAACUGGCGAGGGUGCUCACGACCUUGGAUCUCACGGCUUUGGGGGUUGGCAGUACUCUAGGUGUGGGGGUGUAUGUUCUGGCUGGACAGGUGGCAAGGAAUACUGCGGGGCCUGCUGUGAUCCUUUCAUUUUUAAUUGCUGCCAUUGCUUCACUUUUUGCUGGUUUGUGCUAUGCAGAAUUUGGAGCCAGAGCACCGAGGGCGGGAUCUGCCUACAUUUACACAUAUGUCUGCAUCGGAGAAUUUGUGGCGUUCGUUAUUGGCUGGAACUUGAUACUUGAAUAUGUGAUAGGGUCUGCGAGUGUGGCUCGCGGAUUGAGCAGUUACUUGGACACAAUGAUAAACGACACGAUGCGAAACACGUUCAUUGACAUCGCACCAAUCAACGUCAGCUUCUUGGCUGAAUAUUUCGACUUUUUUGCCUUCGGCAUAUCGGUACUUUUGGCUAUCGCUCUAGCUUUCGGCAUGAAAGAGAGCAGCAUGAUGAACAACGUGGUCACGCUCAUCAAUAUUGGGGUGGUUGUUUUUACUGUGAUAGUCGGUUCGACUAAGGCCGACACUAGUAAUUGGGACAUACAACCCAAUGCAACCAACACGACCGCCGACGUGGGUGAAGGCGGCUUCUUUCCUUUCGGGGUUGAGGGUAUGAUAAAAGGGGCGGCGACUUGCUUUUACGGAUUCAUUGGGUUCGAUUGCAUCGCCACCACGGGCGAGGAAGUCAAGAAUCCGAAAAGGGCCAUUCCCAUUUCCAUUAUAGUCUCGCUUUUUAUUAUAUUCCUGUCGUAUUUCGGCAUUUCUACAGUUGUUACUUUGAUGGUUCCUUAUUACGCUCAGGAUAUUAACGAGUCGAUUCCCCAUGCAUUUGAAGUAGUCGGUUACGAUUGGGCCAAGUGGGUCGUAUCUAUUGGUGCUAUUUUCGGAUUGUGUGCUAGUUUGUUCGGUGCUAUGUUUCCUUUACCCAGAAUCAUCUAUGCCAUGGCUUCUGAUUCUCUCAUUUUCAAAUUCCUGGGCAAAGUCAGCGAUAGAUUCGGUGCUCCGGUUACGGGAACGAUUUUGUCAGGAUUAUUAACAGGAGUGAUGGCUGGAUUGUUUGAUGUUAACCAACUGGUAAAUAUGAUGUCCAUAGGAACAUUAAUGGCUUACACUAUUGUAGCUGCUAGUGUAUUACUUUUAAGAUAUGAAAGAAACGAGAAGGAUCAGUACAUUCCAGUACAGACCUCAGACGUGGAAGAUGAAGUAUACACAGACUCUCGAAUGAACACAAACACGGCGGAUUCGGACAUGUCCGAGUCACCAAACCCUUCCGACUUUACCGGAGGAGAUGUCUUCCUCCAGUUGUUCAACUGUAAGAGAAACAACACGCCCACAGUGGUGUCGGAGAGAGUCGCGUCUGUUUUGGUGUUUCUAUAUUGCAUAUUUUGUUUAUUGAUUGGACUGAGUGCCAUUUAUUUGGGCACGCCUUGUCUUGACGGAGAAAUUUGGGCGAUCACUUUAACUUCAACGGCCGUUGGUUUAGCGGUUAUCUCCAUCAUUUUGUUGUGCUUCCAGCCAAAGUCUCGCGCCGAAUUGUCCUUCAAAGUACCGUUUGUUCCUCUGAUUCCGGCCCUGAGUAUAUUGGUGAACAUUUAUUUGAUGCUGACGCUGGACCCGAUGACGUGGAUCAGAUUUGGUGUCUGGAUGGCUGUCGGUUUUUCUGUGUACGGAUUGUAUGGUCUGCCAAAUAGUUAUAGAAAUUACAGAGAUUACGAAAGGUUAGACUAGUUACUUUUUGACAUGUUUCUAUUUAGACAAAUUUAUUUAUUUUAUAUAUUAUAUAUCUUUACACAUAUAUGAGUUGUAUAUUAUAAGAGAGUAAAUAUUUAUUUAUAUAAAAA